AUGCUCUUCUGCGUCUUGAGCUAUCCUGCCCAGAUCGCCGCCGUUGUGGUUCCUUCUAUCAUCACAAAAAAAUGGCUGGGCCAGCAGGACUGCAUGAUCAGCUUUCUUUCUUGCAUCUUGGUUUUCGGAAUUCAGCUUGCCAAUCUUUCCGAUUCCGAGGAGGUAGUCUGGUAUCCUCACAUUGGUCCUUAUCUACUAGCUCUCAUCUUUGAGCCAGCUCUAGAAAUUAUCUCACUGUCUGCACGCGAGCCAGGGGCUCUGACAGCUUCCGAAACUGCACAGCUAUGCGUUGUUGCAUCUAGAUAUCUGGUUAUCACUCUGAUUGUGGCCACCUAUUUCUUUUCGAGAGACCCCCCGAAGGCAAAUGGUAAUGUAGAUUCAGAGCAGCAACCACUCAUCCCAAAGAACAACAACGGCACGCCCAAUGAAAAUCUUGAUGAUUCGGCGGGCUCUCAGACCUCGCAGACCUCCGGUUAUGGUUCCACCACCAACAACUCUUCCUCCAGUAGGUCGACGUCAGAUGAGGAAGCUGAGUCUGGCACAGCUUCAAACACAAAAAAGGGCAACGAGUCAAGCUGGGAGCGCCGCGAGCGUGACGCCCGCGAGGGGAUGGAGAAACGCCUGAAAGAGAACGGAAAUUGGCUAGAAUAUGCAAAGAGGUUUCUCAUCUUUAUCCCGUACAUCUGGCCUGUCGACAAUCGUUCUCUUCAGGUCCGAGCCGUUCUCGUCGGUGUUUGCCUGCUAGCCAAUAAUGUGCUCAAUGUUUUGAUGCCUCGUCAACUCGGCAUCAUUAUAGACAGCCUCAGCCACGUCAACGGUAAAAAUCCAUGGAUUCAAGUCAUAAUUUAUGCUGGCCUCAAAUUUUGUGGCUCGGAAGCCGGCCUUUCACUCUUGCGGCAGUGGCUUUGGGUGCCUGUCGAAUUCUACUCGUUCGAUGCCAUGAGCACGGCGGCAUACUCUCACGUCUUGAAUCUGUCGUCCGACUUCCAUGACUCCAAGAGUUCAUCCGACAUUAUGAUGGCAAUCACCUCUGGUCAAAGUGUCUCUAACUUACUAGAAUCGAUUUGUUUCUCCGCAAUUCCAAUGCUUAUUGACAUGUUCAUCGCCUUUCUGUACCUAUCGGUUACUUUUGGUCCGUACGAGGGGUUCAUCACUCUGGCAACUGCAAUAAUCUUCCUCUACAUUGCCGGAAGAAUGAUUUCAGGGCUCAAGCAGGCGCGGAGGAACGAAGUUAGUGCCUGGUUUGAGGAACACUACGUCCGCCAGGCCGGUAUUCAAGGAUGGUCCACUGUGGCUUCAUUUAAUCAAGUGAGCCACGAGGAGCAGCGCUAUUCGAUUGCAGUAAAGGAUCGUGUGGCAAAGUCGCAAGCCGUUUACUUUGGUUAUCUGAUGGCGUAUGCUUUUCAGUACCUCGUCCUUCUUGCCGGGCUCCUGGCCGGUGCUUUCCUUGCAGUUUGGCAAGUUACUUCUGGCCAAGCCACUCCGGGACAGUUUAUCAUGCUCCUCACCUACUGGACGCAACUAGUCUAUCCCCUUUCUUUCUUUGCAAGUCUGGGAAAAAAUAUUUCCAGAAAUUUCAUUCAAGCUGAAUCGCUCCUUGAAAUCAUGAAAACAAAGCCGACGAUUGUCAGCAAGGAAAAUGCGUCGGAGCUGGAUUUUUCUGGCGGCGCCGUCGAAUUUGACCGCGUGUGUUUUUCCUACAACGACAAAAAAGAUAUUCUCAAGGACAUCACCUUCUAUGCUCAACCUGGAACAACAAUUGCCUUUGUCGGCGCUACUGGCGCUGGAAAGUCAACGAUUCUGAAACUGCUUGAUCGCUUCUAUGAUGUCAGCGAAGGUUCUAUCAAGAUCGACGGGCAGGACGUUCGUGACGUGGAGCUCUACAGCUUGCGCUCCCGAAUCGGGAUCGUUCCCCAGUCCCCGAUUCUUUUCAACGACACUAUCAUGAACAACGUUCGCUACGCCAAUCUGACUGCAACGGCUGAAGAAGUACAUGAUGCUUGUCGGGCAGCCUGCAUUCAUGACCAAAUUCUCGGGUUCACCGAUGGAUAUGAAACAAGAGUUGGAGAGCGAGGCGUCAAGCUUUCCGGUGGCGAGCUACAGCGGGUCGCAAUCGCACGGGCUCUGCUCAAGAAUCCUUCCAUUGUGAUGCUCGACGAAGCAACUAGCUCUGUUGAUACUGAGACAGAGCAAAAGAUCCAAGAAGCCCUGCACGCCCUGUGCCAUGGCCGUACAACAUUCGUUGUUGCUCACCGACUCUCGACGGUCAUGAACGCGGACCGAAUCAUUGUUAUCUCAGAAGGCAAAAUAGUUGAGCAGGGAUGUCAUGACGAUUUGAUCUCAGCAAACGGGAAAUACGCAAGUCUGUGGUCGAAGCAAGUGUUCACAAAACCCAAAGAGAAGGCCAAGUCUCCGGUAGACAGUGUGCUUAAUGUGCCGGAUAUUGUCAAUGAUCUCGAUCCCGAAGUAACCAACUGCGAAUUGGCCAAGGCUCAGAAAAAGACGACUGCAGAGACGCCAAGCCCGAAUGGCGUCGAUAAAGAGUCAGAGCAAGCUCUCGACAGUGGCAAAGGCAAGGAUAUCGCCGUUCCCAUAGAAGAUGCCCCUUCCAGCACCACUCACGUCGCCGCCGACUCCGAAGUCACAGUGGCGGAAGCUUUGCCAUCUAUGACGGAGAAAGACGGCCUUUCCCGGCGAAGUGAUUACCGACGUCUCGGUGGAAGCAGGCAUAAUGACAGGACAGAUUCCUGUGAAGACUUGGGCGACCUGGCCCAUGCUAUAGAUGCGGGUUCUUCGACCAUCUCUGGGCGUUCUGGGUCCAACCGUGAAUUGUCAGAAAGCCUACAGCGCAGCACUGACGCGACGGAAGCGGACGAGUCCCUAGAGAUGGCAGCACCACAGGCACUGGAAAUCAAGAGCCAGGCUGCUGCAGCAAACAACAUCUCAACCGGGAGUGUGAAGAGCAGGCACAAAUCCAGCAGGGUCCGGUAG